CAGGUAAAACUCUCAGUGUUUCUGACUUACUUCCGUAAUGUUGGACCUUGCUCAACUGUUAUUAUUGUGCUGAUGUUUGCACUUUUUCAAGUAAGUUGGACUCCACAAAGGAUAUUUUUUUAAAAACACAAACAAAAUUGUUAGGGAGCAUUCUAAUAGCAGAUAGAACUCUACAUUGGACUUUUUUAGCAAUUUUGUUCUCUUAUGUCAAAGCUGCCUUGUAGUGAGACUGUUGUGUCAGCUAGUGUUGGAACAUCCUCUAAAUGUAAAAACCCUAGUAAAGUCAAUCAAAUAUCCUAGAUAUAAAAUGGGUUUUAACUGAGACUAAACCAGCCUUGCGAGAAGAUGAUGUAGAGAUUAAUAAGAUAAAGAGAACCGGGCACAAGCAGUUAAAUAACAUAAAUGUAUACCGUAUCCAUAUUUUUUGCCCAUUAAAACUGUAAUGGUGGGAGCCCAGCCCACAACAUAAUCUGCAAUUAGCUGAAUUUAGUUAUCAUCUAGAUUCAUGUUUUAAGAUAUCUGAUCAGCAUGUCUCUUUCACUUCAUCUGAUCCAGGUUGCCAGCGUCCUGGCAAACAUUUGGCUUUCUGAGUGGACAGGAGAUGAACAAAUUGCUUCAGGAAAUUAUACAUAUCAGGAACUAAGAGAGAAGAAUCACCAGUACCUGACAGUGUAUGGUGCCCUAGGAGCAGCACAAGGUAGGUGUAGUAGCCAUCAAAUGCAUGGAAUUAACACAGGAUUAGACUACAAUCUUCAUAGCUGUACAUGUCUUUUAUCUUGGUCAAUUAAUUAGGUGUCAUAAUUUUGUCACAAUAAAUACAUUUAUUAGAUUGGUUUUUUAAAUACAAAUUCCAGGUAUUAAUAAAGUUGAGGAAGUAUUGCAGUUGCAUACAAUUGAGGAUAAAGAGGAAUAAUCAAAAUAGAUGCUUUAAAAUAGUAACAGUAAGAGUUAGUGUGAAAAAUGAGAUCAAGAUUUUUUAAUAAAAUUUAUAACUUUUUCCUGGCUAAACAUCAAUUUUAUACCGGUAUUGCAGCUUUCUUUGUUCUCGUGUAUGCCUGUGUUGGUGCCCUCAGAAUGGUGGCAGCAGCCUCCCUGAUGCAUUCCUCAAUGUUGGACAGAGUCUUGAAGGCACCCAUGAGCUUCUUUGACACGACACCCAUCGGUAGAAUCGUAAACCGUUUUUCACGAGAUGUGGAAACUUUGGACAACCAGCUACCUCAGAUCAUUUUCAUGUGGAUUAUGUGUGUGUUCUCUGUUCUGGCUACUCUUGUAGUCAUUAGCAUCAACACACCAAUAUUCACCAGUGUCAUAUUACCCCUCUUUGUGGCUUAUCUGGCUGUGCAGGUAGGUUAUCUGCUCAUUAGUAUGACGCAGUUAGAAAUGCAUUAAAAGCUUUUUUAAAAGGCCACAUUAAUUGUAAAACAUAUUUUUUCCAGUCUAUUCAUAAAGAUUUGCAUAUAAAAUUCAUUAAUUUAUUAUAAGAGCUACAGAGGUAGAAAAAUUCAAGGCCCCAACUCUACAUUACAAUUUCUAAAAAAAUUCAAAUCUUAAAGUUGUAGAAAAGUUUUAACUUCUUCUGACUCAAAGCCAACUAUGGCUGACCUCUUGUCAUUAUUUCCACAUGCCAAGUCUGACAAGAAAUCAAUUUUUUUAAAUGUGCAAUAAUACACUAGUUCUUUAUUGACUUAGUUAAAUUUGACUUAAUGAUGCCUAUAUAUUUGACUUAUUUAGUUAUUUAUAUGUAAGAAAAAUAUAUAAAGCAAAUAUCAAAUCCAAUAAUUUAAUAUAAUAUCUCAAAUUGUUUUAUAAAUUUAAUUUAAUGUACAUUUCCCUUUAAGUUUUUGUUGAGGAUUCUUAUUUUAGUCCACGCUUAUAUUUUAAAUGGCUUUCACUCUUAAUAUUUUUAUUUUGUAUAGGUACGCUUAACAUUUUUAUUUCAAACGUUGGCUUUUGUUUAGUGGUUGGUGUUGAGGAGAGGGUUUCACUUAUUUGCUGUAUAAAUUCAGUGCACUGAAGCAUUACUUGAUAUUUCAAACAUUUUUAUUGAAAACUUUCACUCAGUUCUUUACUUAACCUCCAGCGUUUCUUUGUGCCAACAUCUCGCCAACUGAAAAGACUGGAGGCCAUCACAAGAUCACCGAUUUAUUCUCACUUCUCUGAAACGUUGACCGGGUCCCAUGUGAUUCGAGCCUUCAACGUCAUUGACAGGUUUUGUCAGGUCUGCAUUGAACGCAUUGAUAGGAACCAAGUGUUUUACUUUGCUGGGAUAACAGCCAAUAGGUAA